AUGCUCGUCGGAAGAGCGGUUAAUAAGUUUCCGACGUCUUCCUGGAGCGUUCCUCACGGAAGCAUGAUCGUUUCAGGCAAACGCUUUCAGGUGAACGAUGUCCACAAUCCGGCCCCAACUUUGUGCAUCCCGCAUGAAGAAAGUGUUAACUCUAGGAGUCCGUGUUUAACUCAGGAUGGAUUUGUACGCGUCACUCCAUAG